AUGUCUUCCAAGAAGAAAGCCAUUUUGAAAAUCAUCAUUCUGGGUGACUCCGGUGUUGGUAAAACUUCGCUCAUGCAGCAAUUUGUCAAUAAGAAGUUCUCCUCACAGUACAAGGCAACCAUCGGUGCUGACUUUUUGACCAAGGAGCUGGUGCUGGACGACCGUAAGGUCUCUCUACAGCUAUGGGAUACAGCAGGCCAGGAACGAUUCCAGAGUCUGGGUGUUGCCUUUUACCGUGGUGCCGACUGCUGCGUUUUAGUCUACGAUGUUAACAACCAAAAGUCCUUUGAUAACCUGAACGUUUGGAAGGACGAAUUUCUUGUCCAGGCAAAUGUUACAGACCCAGAAAACUUCCCAUUCAUUGUACUUGGUAACAAAAUUGAUGUGGAGGACAAUAAGCGUGUUGUUUCGGCGAAAAAGGCCCAGGCAUACUGCGCAGCUAACGGUAACCUGCCUUACUUUGAGACCUCCGCGCGGGUCGCUAUUGGUGUUGACAAGGCUUUUGAGGUUAUUGCACGAAACGCCCUUGCUAGAGAAGAGUCCCUCGAUUUCACUGAAGACUAUCCAGAAGCCCUGAAUAUUCGUGUCGACACUGGGUCCCAAGGUUGUGCUUGUUAA